AUGGCCACGGGCCUCAGCCCAGAUGAUCCGUGGCAGCUGAGCGCGCUGUCUGUCCAGCAGUCUACGCUUCUGCUGCUCCUCUCCGUGCUGGCCGCGGUGCACGUGGGUCAGUGGCUUUUGAGGCAGCGGCGGCGGCAGCCCUGGUCCUCGCCCCCGGGCCCAUUCCCAUGGCCACUGAUCGGAAACGCCGCGGCAGUGGGCCGGGCGUCGCACCUGUCCUUCGCACGUCUGGCGCAGCGCUAUGGAGACGUCUUCCAGAUCCGCCUGGGCAGCUGUCCGGUGGUGGUGCUGAAUGGCGAAAGCGCCAUCCACCAGGCCCUGGUGCAGCAGGGUGCUACCUUUGCUGACCGGCCGUCCUUUGCCUCCUUCCGCGUAGUGUCGGGCGGCCGCAGCCUGGCUUUCGGCCAUUACACGGAGCAGUGGAAGGCGCAGCGGCGCUCGGCGUGUAGCAUAAUGCGCGCCUUUUCCACGCGCCAGCCGCGCAGCAGACAUAUCCUCGAGGGCCACGUGCUGGGGGAGGCGCGCGAGUUGGUGGCACUACUGGUGCGCGGCAGCGCUGGAGGCAACUUCCUCGAUCCCACGCAGCCCAUAAUCGUGGCGGUGGCUAACGUCAUGAGCGCCGUGUGCUUCGGCUGUCGCUACAAUCACGACGACGCCGAAUUCCUCGAGUUGCUUAGCCACAACGAGGAGUUCGGGCGCACAGUGGGUGCCGGCAGCUUAGUGGACGUGCUGCCCUGGCUGCAGCUUUUUCCCAACCCGCUGCGCACCACUUUCCGCGAGUUCGAGCAGCUUAACCGCAACUUCAGCAACUUUGUCCUGGAUAAGUUCCGGAGGCACCGCGAACGUCUUCGUCCUGGGUCCAUCCCCCGCGACAUGAUGGAUGCCUUCAUCCUCUCCGCAGAAAAGAAGGUAUCUGAGGACUCGGGAGACGGGCUCGCGCGGCUGGACUUGGAGAACGUGCCGGCCACUGUCACCGACAUCUUUGGAGCGAGCCAGGACACCCUCUCCACUGCGCUACUGUGGCCGCUUAUCUUCUUCACCAGGUAUCCUGACGUGCAGGCUCGUGUGCAGGCCGAAUUGGAUCAGGUGGUGGGGAGGAACCGCCUGCCGUGUAUGGGUGACCAGCCUAACCUGCCCUAUGUUAUGGCUUUUCUCUACGAAACCAUGCGAUUCUCCAGCUUUAUGCCUGUCACCAUCCCCCACGCCACCACUGCCAACACCUUCGUUUUGGGUUACUACAUCCCUAAGGACACGGUGAUUUUUGUAAACCAGUGGUCUGUGAAUCAUGACCCGGUGAAGUGGCCUAACCCGGAGGACUUUGAUCCAGCCCGAUUCCUGGACAAAGACGGCUUCAUUAACAAGGAGCUGGCCAGCAGCGUCAUGAUUUUUUCCGUGGGCAAGCGGCGGUGUAUUGGCGAAGAGCUGUCUAAGAUGCUGCUGUUUCUCUUCAUCUCCAUCCUGGCUCACCAGUGCAAUUUCAAGGCCAACCAAAACGAGCCCUCGAAAAUGAGCUUCAGUUAUGGCCUGACCAUUAAACCCAAGUUCUUUAAAAUUCACGUCGCUCUCAGAGAGUCCAUGGAGCUCCUUGAUAGUGCUGUCCAAAAGUUGCAAACUGAGGAAGCUGGCCAAUGA